AUGUUCGCCAACGGUCUCUUCAACUGGUUCUCUUCUAAGCAGGAGACUGCCCCCGCUACCUGGGAUCCAAACACUGCCACUGUGCAGAACCAGCAGCCUACCAGCCCUGAUGCGCCUUCCACUGAGCGCGUUGUCACUGAGCAACCUAACUCCCAGGAGAACAUGAUGAAGCUGCGUGGUGGUGGUGCUGGCGAUGUUUGCUGUGGCCUCUGCGCCGGUCUUCUUUGCUUCGAGUGCUGUGAGGAUUGCUGCUAA